AUGUCGAUGGAGUGUACCAUCCGAGAGGUGCUAGAGUUGCUGGGAAUUGAGUCCGUAGAUGUUCCUGCAGAAGCCGACAUUCUAAAGGGAAGGCGUUAUGUAGUUGAGAUCCUACACAAACUGACAGUUGCGCUCAUUUUAGGUAGCCAUUUCGACAGUCGCAUGUCCUUUUCAAAGGAUAUCGAUGCAGUGAAGCUCGAUGAUGAAAAACUGAGGGUAAUUAUUGAGUCAAUUAGUGGAGAAACAAAAUGUAGCACCCAUGACGCCCUCAAUAUAUUGACGUACAUCACCCUCGAGUAUCUCAGAUAUCCCAGACUCGGCAAGAUUACUUUAGAUAUCUUACAAGAUUCUCGUGAACUUUUUUUGGCCCUUGUUUUCUUGCUCUCCAGACAAAAAUGGUUCGAUAAAAUGGAAAGAAUGUGCCCAGAAUACCUAAAUUUUAGAAAAUGCCUUACAAACGCCGUCAUUCAGCAAGUGGAUGACUUGAAUCCUGCUAAGCAGGCAAAUACAAUUGUGCCAGAAUCAACCAUAAGGCAGUUGACACAAUUAUGGGGUAAAUGCAAAUGUGCUAGUGCGGCAGAUGACUCCACAAAAAAUGCGCAGUCCUCAAAUCCCUCAGGAACGCCAGGUAUCCUUCCGGAUAGACGACCACAGAUGGGAAACAGGGAUCUGUCUGUACAUUUUCUGCAAACUAGCGGCCGUUAUGGCAUACGUCAGAGCAGCGUAGAACAUCCGUCGAGGACCAGUAAUAAAGGUAAGGAACAGUAUUUAACUAGUGAGUGUACGGCCGAAUCAUCUAGUGUGUAUACAAGUCAAAAGAUAGUCAUUCUCUUUAUAGGAAACAAAAAUGGAGGGAAACACUCGCGGGGAGGGAAUACUUUCCAAAAGGAAGCUGAUUCGAUCAACGCUGAAGACACUUUCGACACAAGCACAAGUGGGCUACUAUCUGAUAUCGAAGAUGCUGUAGCUCAUACCACAGAGGAGAUUAAGGCAAAAGCGCAACUACUUUGUCGCUGCAAAAAUGCUGAAACGUUUGACUCAGAACUGAUUAGAGUCAUAAUUGGACAAGGUCAACAACAGGUCCUUUUUAAUAACCUCAUGGACAACAUUGACUCAAGCAAUGACGAGCAGGCUACGAAUAAAGUGCAUAGUAAAAUGCACUUUGUUCAACGUGGUCGAACGGCACAGUCCAUGGGGAAAUCUGCCGACGGGCAAACUGAAUCUGAAAAUCAAAUCCAAGCUUUAGUCAAUGAAAUCAUAAAGCUUAGCCAUACUAUUAUGCAGAUGCAGUACAGGCUCAAACAUCUGACGGAAAGUGUUGAACAGGGAGACAAGGAGAGAUUAAAACAUUUUACCCACUUGUCGGAGAAUCGCAAGAUGUAUGACAAGGCACCAAUUAAUAAACCCCAAGAAAUUGAUGGAAACGGCUCUACUUUCAUGGAUGAUCGUUAUGGUAUGCCGAAUCCUGCAGAAUGGGUAAUGAUUGCCCAAAAGGAACCGUUCGAGAGGCAUUUGGCGCUACUCAAAAUGAUCCUAAAGGCACUCGAAAACGAAACGAAUAGAUCGUCCACGUUUGAAACGGCAUUGGAUGUGCUGAAGCAUAUUAAACCUGACGCCCUGAAGAAACGCCCUAACGUACCAGCCACUAAUCCAAGUAGGUGUUCUAACCCGGAAAGCACAGCAAAUUACGUUCAGACGUCGACAUCUCAUUGA